AUGAGCUUUUUCGACCCGCUGGGUUAUCUCUCCCCGUUUACGAUCCACGGGAGGAUUAUCGUCCAGCACCUAUGGCGCAGUGGUUGUGACUGGGAUGAAACGAUCAAUGACGAAUGCUGGGACAUGUGGAAGCGCUGGAUUUCUGUACUGCCAGAAGUGGAGAACAUCCGUAUACCACGCUGCUACCUCGGAGACGCCUUAUCGUCAGCCGUGGAAUCGAUCGAGAUCCAUAUCUUUUCGGAUGCCAGCGAACACGCCUACGGCUGUGUAGCGUAUUUGCGAAUGGUCAUUAAUGGCGUUACCCGGUGUACUCUGGCCAUGUCUUGGACAAAAGGGCACCAUUAA